AAUGUUCGAUCCGUUUUUAGACCAAACGGUCGCUCGCUCGACUAGGGUUUUUCUCGCCAAGCUCCCGUCCGUCGGCCCCUAAACCUCUGGAGUGAGGGCUGGAAGAAGAGGCGACGCGCAGCGAUGGACAAGAGCAUGCUCGGAGAUCUCGAGUCUCUCCCUGAGGAGGACAAGAUCAGGAUGUCCGCCAUGAUAGAUCAGCUCCAGAUUCGGGACAGUUUAAGAAUGUACAAUACACUAGUGGAGAGGUGCUUUUCCGAAUGCGUGGACACCUUCCGUCGCAAAUCUCUUGAUAAGCAAGAAGAAACAUGCGUUCGCAGGUGUGCCGAGAAAUUUCUGAAGCAUUCGAUGAGGGUUGGCAUGAGAUUUGCAGAGCUGAAUCAGGGCGCUCCCACUCCAGAUUAAGCGUUCUAGAACCCGUCACAACUCAGUUCAGCCACUGAAUUCAAGAUCAGUUAGCAUCAAUUCUAUUAUUUGCUGAUGAUUGAACCCUCUAAAUGCGUGGUAAACAAUUUCGACUUGCUUUGCUUCUAGCAUUAGCUUUCCGCUUGCAUCAUGUCAUUGCCAAAUAAAUUUGGUCAUAUGUAACAAAUUAUGAUUACAUUAUGUGAUAUCUGAGUAUUGUUGAGUUCA